AUGCCGUCAGAUCCGGGAGGAGGCCGCGAGGCCGCCUCCGCCCACCAACCUUCCCUGCUUGAAGCCUCCCACGACGUCACCAGGCAACUACCUCCGUCCGCCGCGGUACAGAUGGACUCCACCACCUCCACCUUCAAACGGCCACGCUCUCCACUUGGUGAUGUACCCUCCAGCGAACCCAAACACCAUCAUGGUUCUCCUCCCACUCCUGACCCCAUCCUCCCGCUCACCACCCCACCCGCCAUCCAGCCCUCCGCACUGGGCCCCACGGACCACCUCACUCCGCCACCCCCCGGGGAACCCCUAGAUGACCCUGGCCACACUCCUACCCUCCCCUUCCCCAACAACCCUGACCCCACCGGCAAGCCACCAUUAGUGGUAUGCCUCUCCUACGACCACACCCGCUGCUUCAUCCACCCAUCCAAGGUGGCCCAUGCUCUGCACGGCUCCAUCUUCCAGAAAAAAAGUGAUCGAGGGGACCCUGCAGAUCACACACGGGGGCCACAGUUUUCCCCCCGCCGUCACCCGGCCAGCAACGUCCUCCCCCUACUCCCCCACACCAUCCACGUCCCUGCACCAUGA